GCUGGCCCAUCCAAGAAUCAUGAGUGUGGCCCUUAGCUUUGCGCCCUUGCUGUACCGUCUUUCUGUUUUUCUGUGCCUUCCCUCCUUUGACAGCUGGGAAGAUUUCCUGAAGUCAGAAAUAACGGCGCUGGAUCUUAGGAUGCGUCUGGCCAUGAAGAGCGGCGUAUGUCUGUGCGUCCUGAUGGCAGUCCUGGCCGCAGGCGCCCUGACGCAGCCAGUGGCACCGGCAGAAGCAGCGGACUCGGCGGUGCAGCGGGCAGAGGAGGCUCCCCGAAGGCAGCUGAGGGCCGUGCUCAGGACCGAUGGCGAGCCCCGUGCGCGCCUGGGCGCACUGCUAGCGCGCUACAUGCAGCAGGCACGCAAAGCUCCUUCCGGCCGCAUGUCUGUUCUUAAGUCCCUGCAGAGCCUGGACCCCAGCCACAGGAUAAGUGACCGGGACUACAUGGGCUGGAUGGAUUUUGGCCGGCGCAGCGCUGAGGACUACGAAUACCCGUCCUAGUGGACCCAGCUUCGCAGCCCUGCCUGGAGGAGGCGGA